UGGGGGGUCGGCAGGCAGAGCUGCACGCGGAGACCAUGUGGAGGAGAGCGGGCAGCUCGUGAGGAAGGAGCGCGGGAGGCAGAGCCUCGAGUCUGAGAGGAGAGGAGGAGAAAGCUUCGCGUGCGCUUUCCUGGAUCAAAAAGGCUUCAGGGAACCAGAGAGACGAGAUGGUAGAGAAUGGCUGCACCUGAUCUCCUUGACCCAAAGGCUGCCGUCCACAACGCCAAGCCCCGYCUGUCGUUUUCUACAAAGCCAGUGGUGCUGAACACUCCAGAGGACGAUGAGUGCGACACCCGGACUACCGUCAUGAGGUGGAAAACUGUGCUGGCCAUCUUCUUCCUGGUGGUGCUGUACCUCAUCAUCGGAGCUGCGGUGUUCAGAGCCCUGGAGCAGCCUCAGGAAACCAACAAGAAACUGGACAUUUUGGCUAAAAAGCUGGACUUUUUGGUCACGCACACCUGCGUGAACUCAUCUGAGCUGGAGAGUCUUGUCAAGGAAGUGGUUACAGCAGUUCGAGGAGGAGUGAAUCCAUCAGGACAUUUAUCCAAUCAAACGAGCCUGUGGGACCUCAGCUCCUCCUUUUUCUUCGCUGGGACUGUCAUCACCACAAUCGGGUUUGGGAACAUCUCUCCUCACACAGAAGGAGGGCGGAUCUUCUGCAUAAUCUAUGCUCUGCUGGGGAUCCCCUUGUUCGGGUUCUUGCUGGCAGGCGUCGGGGACCAGUUGGGAACUAUUUUUGGCAAGGGCAUCGCCAAAGUGGAGAAGAUGAUUGUGAAGUGGAAAGUCAGCCAGACGAAGAUCCGUGUCAUCUCAACCCUGCUCUUCAUCCUCUUCGGGUGCCUCAUCUUCGUGGCCCUGCCGGCCGUCAUCUUCAAGUACAUCGAGGGCUGGAGCACACUCGAGUCCCUCUACUUCGUCGUCAUCACCCUCACCACCAUCGGUUUCGGGGACUUUGUUGUUGGAGAAAAAAGUAACUCGACUGAGGGUAGAUCAGAGAGUCUGGAGUACUACUACAAGCCCGUGGCGUUGUUCUGGAUCCUGGUGGGCCUGGCGUACUUCGCUGCCGUUCUCAGCAUGAUCGGAGACUGGUUCAGAGUCAUCUCCAAGAAAACUAAAGAGGAGGUCGGCGAGUUCCGCGCACACGCAGCCGAGUGGACGGCAAACGUAUCGGCGGAGUUCAAAGAAACCCGCAGGAGGCUCAGCGUCGACAUCUACGACCGGUUCCAGCGGGCCGCGUCCAUCAAGCGCAAGCUGUCCUCUGAGCUAGGAAUUAACGCCACCAUGAACCAGGAAAUGACCCCCGGGAAGAGGACGCUGUCAGUCAACCUGUGCGAGGACAGAGAGACGUACUCCAACAUGACGCUCUCGCUCAGUCCCGUCCCAGGAGCUCUGACCAGAAACGGCAGCUUCUGUCUGAACGGCCUGAGUCCAAACCACGCCGACAGGCAGGAGAUCGCCAUCAUCGAAACCCUUAAAUGAAAAAAACGCUUCAAAAAUGACGGUUUCGUGUGUGGGACGCUGACAGCACACAUGCUUUUGCGCACAUCGAUGAACUCAUAAGGUACCCAAACACAUUCAUGAAUCCGAUUGUGUUUCUCUGAUUUAAAGACUUUAAGCAUUUUUAUUUGCCUCUCAAACACGUAAAAACGGUUGCAUUCACUGAUGAAGGAAGUCAGACUUAAGUGUCGUCCCUGCUGCUGAAUCAGCAACAAAAACCAAACGGAAAGUACGCUUCGAACUAAAACAUAAAGGUUUCAGAGAUGAAAGAAAAUGAGUCCAUUCUGACUGAUCAUUGCCUGGAAAACACUGAAACAUAGAAAUAUAUGAAGCAAUAGAUGCAUUUGUGUCUCCUCUUGGAUGUCCAGAGACCCUGAGAUCUGGAUCGGAUUGAGGAACGUCACCGUUAAAAAAGAAACAUCAUCAGCCUUCGUGACUUUAUGGUUCUUUGCAGGCAGCAGCUUUGCAUCAAUACAAAAAGGAAUGUCACUUUGGAUUAAGCUCUUUUUCUUUCAUUAUGAAUUUACAAGCUUCGUUGCUUCUUCAUCCACCAUCCUUUGAGAGACAAAUGUUGACCUUUUAGUUUCUUAACGAGCAGCGUUCAUCUAUUUAUCUAAAGGAAUAAUCCAUUGGUGCCUUACUGAAAACCUGCAUAUACAGUAUGAGGAUGUAUGACAGAUUGAGCCUCGUCUCUCCACUUGUACUUGUUAAAUUUGUGCACAGCAGUAAUGUCGUUUUUGAUCCUUGGAUGAUUAGGAUAUUUUUAAACUCUUUAUAACCCCAUCAAAUGUAAAACGGGAUUCUACGGUGGGGCAUGGGCUGGUUUUAAAAGUUUUUGUACCUUCAAAAAAGAAAACACUAUUCUCUCAUUCUGACCUUUUUUAAGUCACAUGAGGCUUGUCUUUGAAACUAAUUUCUCUUGGAUCUGUAAYGACUGGAGAUACAAAACUUUUAAAAACAAUGAGAUAGCAGCUUGUUUGUGCGUGCUCACUAUCACUUUGACUUAAAAACUAAAACAACAAUAAAGCCGUUUUUAGCCAUUUCUUUUCUACUUUUGCAUCCCUUUACCUGGAUUCUGUCAUCAUCAAACUUUUGACUGGAUUUUACAAAGAGCCGUAAUUUAGAAGACACUGUAAACAGGAUAUUUCAACAUUUAUAUAGAGAUAAAUGGGGCCGAACACUCCUCCUUGCUGCGAGCUGUCAGUCAGCUGUAUGACGGCAGAACGAGGAGACAAUUGGCCGUUUGGACAUUUUUCCUGUAGCAAAAUAAUAUUUAUAACUUCUCUACAAAAACAGCACCACUCGUCUCUUUUUUAAAGAUAAUUUUGUUUGAAGAAAAGGUUUACAGAAAACUAUUCAAUAUCAGUGAAAAAGCAGCACCGUUACCAUGGCAGAAACUGUACAUAGAUAGCAUCUGACUUUAGUAGUAUUCAUAAAUGAAGCUGUUUUUCUACUGCAUUUAUAUUCAGACCUUUCACUGUUUAUAAAUCUGUCUAAAAAGCCUAAGAUAUUUUAAAAUGCCCUACAGACUUGUCAGUGUUUGAGCUGAGUGUUCGUUUUAUAGGAUACAACUAUCAAAACACUUGCUGUUAAUCUGUGCAGCAAAAUAAAUUUUAAGCAAAUAAAUAUCCAAUUUAUAUUAUAGCUACAAAUAUAAAUAAAAUAAUAGUUGUUAAAAAAUAAAAGUUUUUAAGUUUAGCCACAGAAGUGACAAUUGAUAUAAUUUAUUUAUUUUUAAAUUGAGCGUUUAAAACCGUUUUUAUUGUUUAUACCAUGAAACUGUGAUUUUUUUUAUUUUUAUUUUUUUUGCCAUGUUUGUUAUUCCUUCGACUUUACACCAGCCCAUGCCUAGAAAUAAAUAAUGUUUUAGGGAUUUAUUACACAACCCAAUGUGUAGAAAGAUUCCUAAUCACAUAGUUUUGUUUUUUGUUUUUUUUGUUUUGUCAGUCAAACUAUUUUUUUCUUUACCAAAGUAAGGAUUCGGUUGAUUUGAAUGAAGAUUUUCCAGUUCUCGGUGCGAUUAAAGCGACAGGAGCACUCUUUGUUGUUUUUAAAUCCUGUUAUAUACGGUUUUAGGACUGAUUGUUAACUUUAGAAAAAUUAAAUGUAUUAUCAUUUUAUUCCCCGUAAAUGAACCUUUGAUGAUGCUGCUGCCACUGAAAACCUGGAAGUUUGAAGCAGAUCUCUUCAGCUUGUUUGGCAACAUUUCCUCAACUGAAAACAAAACUGGGUUUGGAUUGUUUUGCCGAUACUGAAUGUACGCCAUAAGAAACCUUUUUAUUUGAGCUUCUUGUUACAGACUCAAUAAACAAGCCUUGCGAGGUGAA